CAAUGAGCUUUUCUUCUCGCCAGUAUCCAUUAUUUUUUGUCUGGAAUAGGACAUAAGGCCGAUGAAAAGGUUUAGUGUAUUUUGUUCUGUGGAUGGGUUUGGGGGAUUUCUUGGUUGUUUUUGGAACUGUUUUGGGUUUUUUAGGUUAUUCGUGAACCUGUCAUAUUUGUCUGUAGAGGCAGCUGCCUGCUUAGAGCAGGCAGACUGGUGUAUCUCUCUGGUAAGCUGGUUAUCUCUCAUCUAUACUCUUUUUAUGCUGCAUCUCACCAAGGUAUUUUAGUAUGAGAACCUUUUACCUAAUUUGGGUAACAGAGACUCAGUUUCUUUUUUCACUGAAGUUGGUGUAGUGAUUUGAGAAAAUGAGAGCAUCUUUAAAAAUACUGGAAAUACUGGGUAGGAAGCUUUUAAAAAGUGAAACAUUCUUGUUCUCUGUGGUAAAAAAAAAUAAAAUUGAGACUAGCACUUUGUGCCUGGUGUGUGCAUCUUCUGAGGACAAAAAUCUUGUUGUGCAGAUGCAUCUUCGAUUCAGUGUUUCCUGUUGUUAGGGGUACAAAGAGACACCUGGAGUAGAAAUGAGAAGCAAAAGCUUGGUGAUUGCUUGAACUGGCUACCUAGAACAAAGGCCAGACAGAGUUGGGAAUAAAGUGGUCAACAGAAGUUUGAUCUGUUUGCAUAUCAGGGGUUAAUUGUCCAAUUACAGCUUCAGGUAAUGCAGACAUAUUCCCCAGUUUGCUCCCCCCCAACUUAUUUUUGUUUGUACUUUUCAGGCCUGAGGCUGUGAUGGUGUGACCUUGGUUUUCAGUCCUGGAAGGAUCGUUUUGUCUGACCAAACUAUGAUGAGAGCUUGCUAACACUAUGUGUAGUUCAGAGUUAUACACUAACCUGGUAUAGGAUCUGAAAAAUAUAGAAUUAAAACUUAAGGCAUCGUUCAGAUAUCCCAUUUUGACAGGCUCAACAUAUAAUGGUGUUGUCAGUUGUGCCUUCCCAAUUUUUGGAUUGACAUUAUUGGUUUCUUCAGGUAGGCACUUCAAUGUAUUGGUUGUGAUGAAUAUGAGGAUUAAUAUGAGCUUAAGUCUUGUUUGUGUUAGUGAGACAGGGAAAAUGUCUGUGUCUUGCUUCAGACCAGGACUUCAUUUUGAGAGUGAUGCAGGAAAAGUUUUCAGUAUUCUAGAGAAUCAAUUGUUUUUGAGUGGUAAUUCAAACAUGUUUAAUUAGCUGAACUUGAACUCGGUGGAAAUGUUGAUUUUUUUUUUUUUUUGUAGAGGAAAAAGCAAGAGACUUUAAAUGAUGAAUAGCAGUAGUUACUCUUCCUAAAGUGUAAACAUUCUUAAUUUAAAUAGCUUGACCUUCUUUUUUCUCAAGUACAGAGAAAAGUUGGUACUUGUAGUCUUUGAAAUACAAGUAGUAUUUGUUCUGAGAUCAACACUGCUUAGGAACUGCAUGUGCAGAACUCUGCAUAUGACAGGAAGGGGAGUGGCCUUUUCUGGUACUGUACCAUCCUGCAGUGAAGCAAUAGAAAGUCUGUAAAAGUUAGAAGUAUUGGCUUGCUAAGUUGAUCUGCUAACUUUUACACACACAAAAAAGUAUUUUUAAAAAGGCAUAAUUUUAGAAUUUCGAAUUGAUGUCUGCAUGCAUCUUGCUAUAAGUCUCACAGAUAACUGCAGCUACAGCUGUAGUGAGCUCACUGGGUGUCUAUGGGUUGUGAGGGGGAGGUUGCUGCAUUCCUUGUUUUAUCAACUCCUGGGAGACUUGGUGGUGGGUGGUUUCAUAUUGACUGCUGGAAGAAGAGUGUUAUAGGCCUUAUCAUAAACUUGGGCUGUCCAGUCCUGUGUAACAAACUUUGUCAUUAAAUUAAGUGGUCCUAUAAUUUUGAAGAUAUUUAAGGAAUUCUUCUAGGUGAGUUUAUCUCUUAAUGUGCAAGGUACAUACCCUGUUCCUAAACUUGAUCUGUAGUGUAUUUAAGAAAGUAAAAUCUGCUUUGUUUUCAGAAUGUUUGGGCAGUUAAUAUUCAGUGAGGUUUCCCAGAUAAGCCAAUAAUGUGGAAAUCUAUAGCCCCACAGAAAAGGUUUGUUCUGGAUCAUAAGGCUCCUUCCAUAGUCUUAAUAAAUUCCAGCAGUCAGAUUUUCUUAGUAAACAGACUCUCCUGAGAUGAGCCAUGCUGAUAUUGAUGAACCUACCUGUGAUGAUUUGAGGUAGUUUUACAGUGAUGGCUUCCCUGUGGGUAUCUGUGCUCAGUUCUUCAGAAGCAGCUUCUGAAGAGGUUUGGAGCUGGAACAUUUGUGCCUUAUAUGUACUCUCUGCAUUAAUUAUAAAGGAACCCAAUUGUCAGUGUUCUAAGAUUCUGAAAAUUAAACCGUCUAAAUAGCAGCAGUGUGCUCUAUCACUUAGGUCAAAAGGUGGUUCUGUCCUCCACUGCACUUGAGCGCUGACACAAGAUCCUCUGAGACAUUUCACAGUAAUCCUAUGUUCACAGACAUUACAGUAAUCCUCUAAAUAAUCUGUUUUUUCAUAUAUGGAUAAAGAAGCAUGUGAGUAUUUAAAGUGGAUAGGAUGGUCUUAACAUGUCUUCAAUUAUGUGUUACUUCAAUUUUCAGCAUAACUUUAAAAUUCGAGUUUAUUGUUUGGUUGGGUUCAUUUUUUCUUCUAUUAAAGCUCUCCUUUGGCCUUUAAGUUGCUCAUAGCCCAAGAGAAUAUGUACAAGUUUUUGUUUGGAGUCAUCACAGGUGUUCCAUACAAUGUUCUUAACCCUUUCUAAAGAUACUUAGUUAAUAAACCAUUGCACUGGGUUGUAUUCAGUGUUAAGUCUGAAAAGCACCAAGUCUUGUGAAACCACCUGGGUAUUUUACAUUUAAACCUGUGCUGCCUGAUAAAUACAAUAGGCUUAUUUUUUGCUGUCUUUCAGCAGUGCAGACAGGUCAGUGUUGUUGUUCUGAAAGAUUCUAUUUAAAAACAGUUCUAACAAUUUGUAAUUUAAAAUAAGCUUAUAUAAAGUUCAUUUUUAUUUCUCAGGUGUGUGCACCAAUUAACAUUCCCCAACUUUUUCAUGUCCAGUUUUUUUUUUUUCCAAUUUGAUAUCUGAGGAGAAUGGAGGAAAAUGUCUUUUGGCUUUCUUGAUGAAAUAAAACUUACAAAUAGUCUAGCAGCCUAACUUCUUAAUAUACCUCAUGUGUUGCUCACUCUUGUUCACCCUCUUGCUGUGUGCAGAAAAUUGGUUUGCCUAAGUAAUUUUUCAUUUAAUUUCUUGCUGGUCAGUGAAGAUAGAAACUUGUCUUGAAGCAAUUAUUUUGAAAGAGCAGGUAUGUAAGGCUUAGGGAUGAUUCUAUCCCUUGCCUCCCUUGUGCUGUGUCUCCUCCUUCCCCUCCCUCUUCUGUUGCUGGUGGUGUGACUUGAACCAGACCAGCUGGGAUGGCAAAUGAAGCUCACUUCAUGGUUGGCCAAGGCCAACUCACUGUCAGUCCCCUCCUGUCCAACUCCCACACUCUUCCCCCUGUCUCCUAAAAUCUCCAAACAUGUGAAUAAUAGUCAUAUGGAACUAGGAGCUUGUAUAGCACCUAGAAAAUGUGCUCACAGAACAAUCUCUCUGUUCUUCUGGUUUUUGUUUGGUUGGGUUUGUGGAGGAUUGGAGCAUUAGGCAUGGUCUGGUUUUAAAAGUUCUUGUCUCCUAUUCCAGCAACUCAGUAAAGUGACUAAAAUAGGACCUUCCCAAGAAUGUUGAUAAGGCUCACUGAGAAGCUUUCUUUCCAAACAAGUGAAAUGAAAUCUAGACCUUAAGUGGGAUGAAAUGUUGAAAGAGAGUUCUUUUUACCUGGAUGCAAAGUGUUGUGGAAAUGAUUGCAUAGGUGAGUCCUGCAUUGAGGAAGCAAGAGACUGACGUCAGUGUACCUUCUCUGGUAGUCUGAGUCUUCAACAUCCCAGGUGACAGCAUGAGACUAUUUCUUAUCUACCAGAAAAACUGAACAUGUCAGUUUAGAUUUCUAAAAAAAAGUGGGAGAGGGUGUUACACACAAUAGUUCUGAAAACGAGGUCUGUUGGGCCCAUGGACUCGCUAAGCCUUAAGUCUGGUUUAUGUGGUUCAGCUGGGGGGGGGAAGGCAUAUUGGCUUCCAUUUUGGCUUUUGUGCCAGUUUUAAAAUGAAAAAAAGUGAGAAAAUUGAUGAGUGGUGUAUUGUGUGCCUUAAAACUAUACAUAAAUACAUCUUUGGGCUUCAUAAUAAGUACCAAAUUGAGUGUAAGCAUUUUUCUCAAGCAUGUUUUGUUUUAAUAAUGUCACAGGUCAGUGUUAGUGGGUCUCUUAAAGUGAUUUAAGAAAUGGUGGAUGUAAGUUGAAGCAAAAAAAGAUCCAUCAGGUUUCCUUUAACUGAAGGCUAGGAUUGGCUGGCAGUGCUGUUCUACCCCACUGUGUGUUCACAUGUUUCCCCAUCUGGGGGUAGACUGCAGUGUGUGCUGGUCUUGGUGGCAAAAUCAGUCAGCUCUGGAAACAGUUCAGCAAUUCUUGUUUAACAUAGUGUCCCAGUUUUGGACAAAUUGAGGAGGAAACGUGUCUCCUCUAAUAGAAGGCUGGUUUUAGCAACCCCUCCCCCGUGGGUUCCCACAGAUUCAAAAGGAAUUCCCUUGGAGAAAGUGAAAAAACCCUGUCAAUUCAACAAUCAGAUUGCUUAUGGGCAUGUAAAAAAAAAAAAAGAAUAAUGUUAAAUAAUGAAACCUCUCACUGCUCUGAAGAGAUGGUAGAUUCAGGGUCCUUUGUGGAGGUGUGGCUUGGUUCUCCCCAGAGCUGGGGUGCGGCGUGUGGGGGCCCCUGGGCAAUGUUCUGGUGUUCUGGACCGGAGAAGAGCUGAACAGUUCCAGAAGAAGCCAUGUCCCAGGAAAAAAACUUAUUGCCUCAGCUAAUGAGCAAGAAGUUAGCUAAAAACAAGGAAAAACUGUCUUUCUCUGGAGAAAGAAAGCUGAGAGCUGGGAGUAACUGAGAGGCUUAUCUCUGCUUUUGAAUGCAGGCGCCAAAAUAAUUCCACUACUUCCCCCACCCACUUGAAGCUACAGGACUCGUAUCUGAGCACAGAACAGACAGUAGGAGAUCCCAGACCAUACAGUCACCCCAAGACACAUAGUUAUUAUUUUCCUGGUCCCUCCACCGUGUCCAGUCGUGCCAGCCCCAGUUUUCCACUGGAUGUUGGACAGGGGGUGACUGUACUGCAGUCAGGCUCCAAGAUGAACCUUCAGUACCCUGCCAGUUACUCAGAACUGCCUUUAUGCUUUUCACCUCUCCUCUUUGACAGGUAGGGCGUGCACACGUGCAGGUAAGAGAGCAGCUACAGUGAACUCAUAUUCUCCUGCACACCAGCAAGUACUUUGAAACUGAACUUUGUCUGCUUCUCCUUCUUUAAAUUCCUCUCAAGCUGUUUGGCUCCCACCUGUUGGAGAUGGGUUAUAGAAUAAAGCUGCUUAGCUGGAGUUUAGGUUCUCUGAAGAUGGCUGUUCAUGACAACAUUCCCUCUGAUUCCUGCCCACAGACAUUGCCUAAAGUAUCAUUCAGUUGCUUUUCAGUUCAAUGUCAUUGGCAUUUCAUAAUAUUCUCCUAGAGCUGUCAAACUCACUUUUUCAGGUGUUUAGUUCACAGGUGAGAAUGACCGAGGCUUCAGGCCCAGCUGCAGGUGUCUGAGGCUCACAUACUGAACUUGGGGACUUCCUUCCCCUCUGGCUUUGGGCAGAAACUGGUGGCUCAGGAGUGGAAAUCUUGGAGCAGGGGAUAUUGGAGAGUACAAGCAUUGCAGACAGGUAACCUUCUCUCUUCUCGUUGAUAGGUUUGGAAGAACAUUGUCCUCUGACCUUCAGAAACCUGGAGUUUUUAUCAGUGAGCUACCUAAAGGAAUCUAAGGAAAUUAUAGCUGUAGCUUCCUUGCCGUUACUUAUUUGGUGUUUGUACCUCUUUUUCAGUGGUUAUAGAUCAAGAAACACUAUGAGCACACUGGUAAGAGAUCUGGAUCUGGGGUGAUGUUUUUUCCUUGCUGGAAUCUAUUCAGACUCAACGGAAGCGCCGUGGAGGAACAGUUAAUUCUAGGCAAGCUCGAAAAAGAAGCAGGCUCAUAGCUUCUACUGCUGAAAUGGCUUCAGAAGCAGAGCCAAUAGAACUUGAAGAAAGUGCUGGUGAAGAAGUAGUAGAUCUCACAUGUGAAUCUUCUGAUCCUGUAGUUGUUGAUCUAACUCACAACGAUUCCGUUGUGAUUGUUGAAGAGAACCAACGACAAAGGAGAAAUCUGAGACUAAGAAGCCAGCGCCAGUCAGACAGCUGUGUACUGAGCAGUGAUGAUGAAGAUGAAACAAGAGAUAAUGAUGUGUAUGUGGCUGAUAAAGCAUCUCGAGAACUGGGACCUCUGGAGGAGGAAACUGCAAGUUCAAAGCCGUCUGGUACUGUUAGCUGUCCAAUUUGCAUGGAUGUCUACUCAGAGAUUGUACAAAGUGGACGACUGAUUGUGUCAACAAAAUGUGGCCAUGUCUUCUGCAGUCAGUGCCUCCGUGAUUCCCUUAGGAAUGCCAACUCUUGCCCAACCUGCAGGAAGAAACUCACUCACAGACAAUAUCAUCCCAUUUAUAUAUGAGUAUUUCUAUUUCUCAGGACAGACUCAACUGGAUUUUGGGGGAAAAUGUUAUAUUUUCAGUGCUCUGAAGAUUUAAAGAGCAGCAGGUUGUGCACAAAUCCAAAUAAAACUGUUUUUUUGGAGACCAACUUGAACGUAUCUAGACAGCUUUUUUAUGGUCCAAGUUGCUUCUUGUUAAGUUCCUGGUUAUCAUGCUACAUUGAUGACUGUGUCUGAACUAGACCAGCAACCUAGACCAGGAAGGAAGCAGUUAAUCCAUUUCCUUCUACCUUUUUUAAUGCUUAAAUGAGGGAGUGUGAGUAUUUUCUUCUUUCUUACUCUGUGAAUUAUUCCUACCUUCACAUACAGGUAUGGAAUAGUUUCUUUUCAGAAGACAGAUUAGCAAUUUAUGAUUUCAUUGCACCUUUUUUUUCAUCCUGUAAGAAGCUCAUGACUCUUGCUUUCUUGCAUAUCUUCUUUGCCCAAGUGGAGUGAGUUCUGUACUGAUGGGUUGUUUUUCAAUAAAUCAUCUUAAAUUGACAACGAAGGUUAUGCAAUAAAGUAACCUGCUGUUAACCAGCAAUGAAGUGUUUUGAGCAGAAGAUUUGAACAUGCAGGUUAUUUUGAGCUUCAUGUGAUCCCAAGUACAUAGACACAUUGCAGCAUGUACAAUUUGAAAAUAAUUCCUUGGUUGUUUCUACUGCCAAGAAUUCCUGUGUUCUAAUCCCAACACUGAAUUUAUUUUCUAACAUGAUGAAAUGGACUCUUGGGUUUACUUGUGCUGUAACACUCUCUUCUAAUAACUGUCAAUAAUAGAGUCUUCACUAGGCUUCCUAGUGAUGAACAAGACACAAAUUCAUCUGUAUGCUGAAUACCAAACUACCUACAGAUCUUUUUACUGUAUCAGGUGUUGCCAGUGUAAUGCUUUAAGUUCAGUGUGUUUCACUUUGCUGUUCUCUGGUUGUAACUGGUUAUUACACUGACACCUGACUGGAUGUAGCCUGGUGAAUAGGAUUGAAAAUUAAAUAACUGUACUGUCAUUACUGAGUGGAGGCUUUAAAAAGUGUUUGGUAGCAAUGUUGACAGCUUGUUAGAGAAAAGUUUGAUCUCCCUUUGCCCUGGGUUGUCCAGUUUUGUUUAAAUGCAGUUUUAAACCAGGAGUCAGAUGCGUCUCCUAGGAAAGAUAAUUUCUCUAAUUGAGAAGGCAGGAAUACACCAGUUUAUGCACUCUUACCCAGUCACUUUUUCCCCAGGACUGAGUUCUAAAUGUCUAUUUUGAGCUUACAGCUAAAAUGUCUGAACUGAUCUGGAAUCCAGGGUGAGCUGAUAAAAACAGGUUAAUGUAGACAAGAUGAUUAAAAUCAGUGGUUUAUGAUCCACAGCUGUGGUAGGUGCAUCUAUGAAAGCUUCCAGAAUUUGGCCACCUCUUGGCAGUUGGUUGCUUAUAGAAACCGUUAUAAGAACCAUUCUGUGCCCUGGUGUAGCACAGCUGAAUGAUGUGUUUAAUUAAUAUUGGUGUCACAGGUGUCUUUGCUGACCCAUCCUUAGGAUCUGUAGGAAGCCUUUAAUUAAAGAAGCUCUUCUAAAUUCGCUGUCUCAGGCUGCCUUGCAACCCAAAGUAAAGUUAAUUUUUUUUCUUUUUUUCUUUCUUUUUAUUUUUUAGUAUGAUGUUUCUGGAUAUACUAAAAGAGAGUUUUGUUAUGUAAAGGCUGCCUCAAGAAAUGCAGUACCUUCCCCACCCUGGUUGGGACUGACUUUGGUUCAGUGUUAGCAGGAAUAUGCUGUGUCUGUGUUGUGGCAAUAGAGUGACUCCUACAAAGUUACACACAGGUAGUUCCUGUGGGCUCCCAUGGGUAAGGUGAGCUACAAGCAAGGAAUAUGGCUGUCUCAGGAUACUGCAGUGGCAGUGAUGGAUUUGUGUCCCAAAAAGCAGAGUUGAUGCUUAAAGUAUUAAUUGUGUGAAGAGAAGCAGCGCAACCGUAAAACUGUAGAGAUCCAUAGAGGUUGCAGAAAUUACUUUGUCCCAGUAGUUUAACAAAGAAACAGUGAAUUAUGGCUGGUUUUGCUGGGGUGGCUGCUGUGUGGAAGGAAUGAUCAGAAGAGGAUAUAAGGGAUUACUACUGAGGAUGAGGGUGAGUCACUUAACCAUGCAUCUUUCACAGUCUGCUAGCUGUAGCCUAAAUGAUUUUGCACAACUUCCUCCAUGUAAAUACCACUUUAGAGUUAGUGUCUCAGUAAAUAGAUCUAAUUGAAACUUAGAUAUCAUAAACUAUAACAAAGUUUUUAGCUUUUGUGUACCCUGUGAAGUGCCACAAAAUUUUGUGCAUCUCAAAACAGGUAUGUCUCAGUACAUGGGGAAAAAAUGGAAAUUCAUUACAUGCUUUUUUCUUCAAGGGAAAAAAACUCUGAUGUGUUUCAGUUCCAGCAAUAUUUGGCAUUGGCAAGAACUCAUAUAAAAUGAAAAAAUCUUUAUAUUAUGUAGAUGUCUGUCUUGUUGUAUAUAGUUCAAUUUUUCCUGUAUUUAAUUGUAUUCAAGUCUGUCUGCCCAUCUAUGUUGAACUCUGCUGGUAGGCAUAGGGUUCUCUUAAAAGGUGAAAAUAAAACAAUUGGAUUGAUCAAUCA